CUAGCUACGGGGGCACUUUUGUUUUAAUUCUCCUUGAUGCAGGUGACUGUGAGAGUUUUAAUGAUUGACAGGGCACUGCGGGGUCUAGUGGAUACGUUUUGAGAGGACCGUCGGUACAAAGUAAAGGUUUUUUGGGGAAGUGCGGAGCAGAUGGAGGAUCCUCCUGCAGACUCUGGCGGCGGUGCUGGAGCGGAGGGGCCCGCGGUGCAGGUGGCAGACAUCUGCUGGCCGCUCGAAGCUCACCCUCUGCGGCUCCUGGAGUGGAAAGUGAAACCCGGGACCCUCGUUAACGUGGACUCUGUGCUAGCGCUGUGCGUUCCUAUACCUUCAGAGGAGAAGGGAGCUGCCAGACUGCCAGAGAAGAAGGUGAAGUCGGACCGUGCUGGAGUAGUGAAGGAGCUAUGCUGUCAACUCGGACAGGUCAUACCUCCCGGCGGGGUCAUCGUCAGAAUAGAAGAAUGCAGCCAUCCGAUAGUGAUGAAGGGUUUGUGCGCCGAGUGCGGCCAGGACCUGACUCAGCUGCAGAACACAAAUGGGAACCAGCAAAAUCCCAUCUCCACAGCAACAGUCUCCAUGGUGCACAGUGUGCCUGAGUUGAUGGUCAGCUCAGAGCAAGCAGAACAGCUGGGCAGAGAAGACCAGCAGAGACUCUACCGGAACAAAAAGCUGGUCCUGAUGGUGGAUCUGGACCAGACGCUUAUCCACACCACUGAACAGCACUGCCAGCGUAUGUCCAACAAGGGCAUUUUCCACUUCCAGCUCGGGCGAGGAGAACCCAUGCUCCACACUCGACUACGCCCGCACUGCAAGGAGUUCUUGGAGAAAAUCGCCAAACUCUACGAGUUACACGUCUUCACCUUCGGGAGCCGCCUUUAUGCACACACCAUCGCCGGUUUUCUGGAUCCUGAAAAGAAGCUUUUCUCUCAUCGCAUCCUUUCCAGAGACGAGUGCAUCGAUCCUUUCUCCAAGACGGGGAAUCUUAGGAAUCUUUUCCCUUGUGGGGAUUCCAUGGUCUGCAUCAUUGACGACCGAGAGGACGUGUGGAAGUUUGCACCUAACCUCAUCACUGUGAAGAAAUACAUUUAUUUCCAGGGCACAGGGGACAUCAAUGCUCCACCAGGAUCACGGGAAGCUCAGAUGACCAAGAAAGGAAGCACAUCAAGUCGGCCGGCAGAGAGCACAGAAUCAACGAAGACACCUGGCGCUGAGGAGCAAAAUAAUGGCCUCAGGAAAAAGGCGAAGGAGAUUUCUGGAAAGGAAGAGUCCUCAACAUCUCAGUCUUCUCAGGAAGUACCAACAAAUGAACGGACACAUCCCACAGGGGUUGUAGAGGAUGAAGCACUCCAUAGUAAAGGGUCAGAGAAUGAGGCAGAAUCUGAGGUGGGGUCAAGGGAAACUCAGGUGGGUGACAACCAAACAAAUAUUAAGGAAGAUGAUAGCAACAGGACACGAGAGGCACAGGACAGUGUAAACUCAUCAGUGCCAAGUCAUGAGUCAAAUAACCUGGACUUUGACCUUUCUAGUGACAGUGACAGUGACUCCAUUAUAGAUAAGCCUCCCUCAUCAGAGAGUGAUGGUGAAGGAAAGUCUUGCCAGACAAAGAAACCUGGGCAGGAAGGACCCACGCAAGAGGCCGGUGAUGGGGAUGGGACAAAAGAAGGAGACAGUAAAGGUCGGAGUGAAGGAGAAAACAGCUCUGACCCAGCAGAACCUUCAGGAGUUCUUCUCCCAGACCCUGAGCUGGGAAAUGGCUGCUCAGAUAGGAGAGAGCCAGAAACAGAGUCACAGAAUAGUGAACAAUCUGGGGUAACCAUGGGGGAGGAGCUGCUGGACCAGAGUAUGGAGGACGAGGAGGAGGAAGAAGACAACGACCAAGACGAUCACCUGAUCUACCUGGAGGAAGUUCUGGAAAGGAUCCACGCCGAGUACUACACCCGUUACGAAGCCCACCUGAGGAAGGCAUCCUCAGAAACGCCGGACAUCCGCAAGAUUGUCCCAGAGCUGAAAAGCAAGACACUGGAGGGCACGACGAUAGUGUUCAGUGGCCUGUACCCAACCAACUACCCAAUGGAGAGGACUCGUGAGUACUACCAUGCCAAGGCACUGGGGGCCAAGAUUGGCAAGAAUCUGGUUCUUAGCUCCCAAGAUCCCAGUUUGACGACGCAUCUCAUCGCAGCAAGAGCUGGCACCGAGAAAGUUCGUCAAGCGCAGGGCUGCAAGCACCUCCAUGUCGUCAACCCCGACUGGCUAUGGAGUUGUCUGGAGCGCUGGGAGAGGGUGGAGGAGCAACUCUACCCGCUAAAGGAGGACUACUCCAAGACACCACGGAGCAACAGUCCAGCAGCUUUCUUUGACCACCAGGGCUCCAUGCAUAAACAUCUUUUCCAACCAGCUCCCAUCCACAGACCUCAACCUGCAGCCCCAGAAGUUCGGACUUAUGACCCCGUCACAGGGAAGCUGAUCCGCAGGGGCCCUCAGGUGUCACGGUCACCCUACCUCCAGGCGUCAGGGUCUAUGUUGCUCUCUGAUCAUAGAGAGCAGUCUUCUCUCAGGGGAACUUCAAAGAAUCAGCAAGAUGAGGCGGCAGGGUCCAGCCAAGACGACGAGCAGCCUGGACCGUCUCGUCGAAAACGACAGCCGAGCAUGUCAGAAUCAAUGCCUCUGUACACACUUUGCAAGGAGGAUCUAGAAAGCAUGGACAAAGAGGUGGAUGACAUCCUAGGCGAGGAGAGCGACAACGAGAGUGAGGGGCGAGGGAAGGAGAAACCAGGUAAUGAGGAGGUGGAGGAAGAAGAGCAGCAACAACAACAACAACAACAGCAGCACCAGCCAGCAUCUAAACAGAUAAGAGGAGGGGGGCUCGGUCCUCAGGCGCUGAGCGUGGAGGAGACGAUCCAGGCAACAUCCAGUGAAGUCACUCUGCCAGCUAGUGUGCCAAGGGGCCACAAACGAAAGCACGAUGACGCCAAAGAAGAGGAGGAAGAUGCGGACGACGACAUGGAGGACAAGGAGGCGGACUCUGCCAACGAGUCCUCUAAAGAGUCCAACGAGGAAGAGGAGGGCAGCAGCUCAGAGGCGGACGAGAUGGCUGCCGCUUUGGAGUUAGAGCUGAAUGACUUUAUGUGAUGUGGAAAAUGAAGGGACUCAUUCAUUGGUAAUGGACAACAACAAAAAAGCCCCCGUCACCCGUUCAAGUGGUACCUAAAAAUCCUAUUUUCUCCACUUUGGAAUCCGUGUGUACUUAGGAUGUAUGAGCCAUGAAUGUGUGCUGUAAUAAAAAUGAAUGUCCUGUACAGAAAUGACAUGUUGCUGUGUAAAUAAAGGCUUAGAUUUUUUUGUAGCAUUGAUAUACAGUAUAGCCUUUUUGGCAUAAAACACUUUGAUGUUAACAUUUUAUUGUGAGAUAAAAAAAACUGUAGGAAGCAUUAAAUUUGAUACUUUUUUGUUUUACUUUUUUCUAUUUCAAUUUUUAUAUUGAUGACACACACACAAAAAAGCUAAAAUUAUAAAACCUUAAAUUUUUUGCUGGUCGUACAUGCCAAAGAGUUUGGAAUAGGUUUGCCAAGGCGUGCAGCUAAAUGUUUUACUCUUGACUUCCAGUUUUAUUUUUCUGUCGGCCUCCUUUUUUAAGGGUCAUAAAUGCAACCAGCGGAUUUAGACAUCUGAAUGUGUUUUCCUCAGUCGUAUCUUCCUCAUCAUAGUGUUUGUACAUUUGAUAACAUGUCUUUUUGUGAUACAUGGUCCCAUGGUGCACUAUCACCAUGAACUGAACUUUAAUGUUUUUCAUAUAGCAACAGGUGUAAGCUCUACUUUCCCUUGUCAGACCACUUUGUGAAUAUAGUACAGUUUACUGUAGAAAGGGCAGUCACAAUUUAGACCUAUGGUUAUGUACACUGGAGCAAAUAACCUGCUAAAUGCUGUUGUCUUAAAGGAACAGUGCAACCCAAAGGACAAAAAUGUAUUCUUUUCUCACUUACUUUUGAUGGUAUCUAGUUGAUUUUAUCUCUAGGUUCUGAAAUUUGUCUCUAAGAUUUCUCUCUAAGGCAAAGAAAAAAAAGAAAAAAACUUCCCCUGUGGCAUUUAGGGGAAAAAAAAAAUAAAACACAAGCAAAAUGGGAAACAACUUCAACUGAACAACACAU